AUGGGUUGGUUCCGACCUCGGUGGCAAAGGCUUAUACGUUUAGAUUCCCUCCCUUCUUUCUCGACGCGCCGAGGACAUCGGACGCGGCUGCGUUCCAGUCUUCGCGUAACCAAGAGCCUAGCGUUCCAGGUUCCUCGUCCGUUGGAGGAGUUUGCGGUUCGAGUGUCGAAUCUCGCUCGCAGUCCUCUCAGCCCGUGCAGCACGCCUAGUAGCAGCCUCAGCUUCCAGCUGGGCAUUGACAGCCUGUUUCACCGCCGCAUCCACAUCUUCCUGGGCAACCAAGACGCCAACGCUAUCGUUGCGAGGGCCCACCGCCGCUUGUGCAUGCAGUAG